CUCGCGAUAUUUCGACGUCAAGGGGAGUGUCAAAUUCCAAGAGAGGAGAGGAGAGGGGAGCCACAGAGAGGGGCGCAAGGUUACAUUGCAAGCUUUUUGCAAAAAUGGGGGACGACCGACCUUUUGUGUGCAACGCUCCUGGCUGUGGACAGAGGUUUACAAAUGAGGACCACUUGGCUGUUCACAAACACAAGCAUGAGAUGACGCUGAAAUUCGGACCAGCCAGGACUGACUCAGUCAUUAUUGCAGACCAGACACCUACUCCCACCCGCUUCCUAAAGAACUGCGAGGAGGUUGGUCUGUUCAACGAGCUGGCCAGUUCCUUUGAACAAGACGAGGAUGACAAGAGAGCAAAAAACUCUCUCCCUGUAUCUAACUCCGGGGCUCUGGACAUGAGCCUGCAGACGCCAUCAGAGGUGAAGGUGAAAGAGGAGGCUCCUGUAGAGGUGGACUCCUCACCACCUGCCAGCCCUGAAUCCAUCUCAGCCAAGUCAGACAGCAGCAGAGAGCCUCUGGUUAAAGGAAAGGAUACACCACCCAGAAGUUCUGCCCCGACCCCGACUAUUGUGCGUCCAGGUUCCCUCCCGCUACACCUGGGCUUUGACGCCCUUCAGCCGACCAUGCCUUCACCCACCUCUGUCAUCACACAGGCACCACCUUCAAAUCGAACCCUGGGCUCUCCGACCAGUCAUUACCCCAUGAUGAUGCUUCCCUCUGGACAGGCGGUUCCUGUGCUUCCAGGUCCAGGACAGAUCCCUUCUGUCAUUAAUCUUGUCCGACCCAUGUGCAUGGUACCUAACAUUCCUGGGAUCCCGGGUCCUCCUCUGGGAGGAAGCAGCAGCGGCUCAAACUCCCCCUCUGGUUAUAGCAUCCACUCGGAGGCCAAGAUGCGUCUGAAGGCUGCCCUUUCCCAGCAGAGCCCAUCAGGACAGAAUCUGGGCAUCAUGGCGAUGGGCAGCAGCCCCACAGUCCCUCAAAGGGCAGAGCAGAGCCAGCUGCUUGUCCAACACCCAGAUGCUCCAUCACCUGCACAACCUCAGGUAUCUCCAGCCCAGCCUACAGGUGGGCGGCGGCGGCGGACGGUAGAUGAUGACCCAGAUGAACGAAGGCAGCGCUUCCUUGAGAGGAAUCGUGCUGCUGCAUCGCGCUGCAGACAGAAACGCAAACUGUGGGUCAGUUCUCUAGAGAAGAAGGCCGAGGAGCUCAGCAGCCUCAACGUCUCACUGUCGAAUGAAGUGUCCAUGUUGCGGAACGAAGUGGCCCAUCUGAAACAGCUGCUUCUGGCCCACAAGGACUGUCCUGUGACCACCCUACAGAAAAAGACUGCCUACCUAGCUGCAGAGGAGAGCAUGAAAGACACCUCAGAGCCCACAGGAUCCCCUGCCUUGGUGAUCCAGCACAGCUCUUUGGGGCCCAGCCCCUCUACAGGGCAAAAUGGCUUGAGCUCAAGGGCAGCAGCUGAGGCCAUGGCUAUGUCCGUACUGGCAGGAAUGGGCCAGCAGCAGAGGUCUGAGAGCGGACCCGCUCACGUUAUCAUAGCUGCACAAUCUCAAUCCGCUGCCAGAUGAUGAGCGAUGCCACCGUGGCCCAGAAUUGGCUCACACUCAUCACCCAGGGGUAAAAAAGAGCAGCGGAUCCCCAAACUCCUCCCUCCUGAAUUCCCCAAUCUAGAAGUCAAAAUUACAUAUCCCACCGCUCGCUGUGCUCCUCUGCUCUCUCUGCCCUCUCUGCCCCUCCUGUAGAGCCAUCAUGCUGUGGCCUGGAGCUCAGCAGCAGCCUUCUGGGAAUGGACCGAGACUUUUAAAAGAGCUUCCUGUUCACUUUGCCAUAGACUACAGGGGCUGGACUCCACCUUCACAUCCUCAUUUCCCUCCUCUUGUGCUUCCCCAUUCAUCUCUUGACUCCUCUCUGGACUGUAGGACUGCAUCGCUCUAAGUGUACGCCACAAUGAACUUCCCAUGUGUACACACGUGCAAAGUUUUUGACGCUCUUGAUCAAAUCAGCUACCAAGAAACACACAUGGCUUCACACUGUUUUCAGCAGGGAAUAGUGCCUUGUUGAUUCAUUGACUUUUUUAGCCACCCACAACCCCAUCACACAUGCGCCAUCACAGCCUUUGUCCCUCUUCAUCCUCAGCUCCAAAGAUGCAGUCGUCGUCCAGACAUCAGUGACUUCGAUAUUCACCUUUUCUGAUGUGAUCUCAACACAGACCCCGAACCUUACCUCAUUCAAACCCCUUUAUGAUAGCAUAGAUGAACUGUGUGUGAUUGGCUCUGUGUGUAUAUACUAAUGUACAUCAGAACAUAGCAGUUUGCCUACUCCUGAUCUCAUACGUUAAUAGCUGGAUUGUUAGCAUGUGACUUUUUCUAAUAGGGUGUUAUGUUGUUGAUACAGUAUGUGCAGCUAUAUUUUUUAUUAAUUGGCACAUCCAAUCCAACAUUAGUCCACAGAACCAAAUAUGCUAGAUUGACAGUGUGUUAUUUUAAAAUUAGUGUGUUUGAGGAUUUUUUUUAACCUGAAGGGAAUUACUCUGUCCCAUCCUCCUCACUUCAAUCUAAAACAGUUUUCCUGUUUAUUUGUUUGAUAUCAGAUGCCUUUUCCAUUUUAUAUGAAACUAUUUCUGGUGACUGUUUUCUCUAUGUGGGCUCUUGACUUACUGUAACUGUUAUUUUCACACUUCUCAGGAUGGUUGCACAUCCUUGCUGCUUGUUGGAAGUGCGAUGAACUGAUCAGUCUCUUUGCUCUCUACCAAACCUAAACAAAGCCAUAAUGACUAAAAAAUCCUCUCUGAAUCUCCAAAGACCAUCUGGCACUUGUUAUGAGAAAGGAAGUACGUUUCUCGACAGUUCUUAUUUGUGAUUCAGACGUCACAGUGACACAAUCGUUGGUAUACUUGCUUGUUGCUUGCACUUGUUUGUUACACAUAACACAGUGUCUCAUAUGUUUGCCUUAAGAUCACAUUAGUGCCUCGGUUAUCCCCACUUAGAGACUUAAAGAUGUGGAAAACAAUUAUCCUCAAAGAACAUACUGAGUUUGACACAAUUUACCCAUUUCAUCAAGUAAUUACCAAAUUAAAUUUACUUAGGACAGAUUCCUUCAGUUCAGUUUCAGUUCAGAAAACUGAAACAUUACUGCUCUGUCAUCUGGUGGUGAGAGACAGUAAACACAUCUUCCAACAACAAGAGAGGUAGAAGUUAGGAUGUCUUGUGACUGUUUCUGAUUGUCUCUACCAAGAUAUUUUAACAAGAUAUUACUAUAUUUUUACAUAAACACCUAAACAAAAUAUUUUCUUUCCUUGUUUUCUGUAUAUUUUCCUUCUUUGUCUGAUUCCAUCAUAUAUUUGAAAGAUGUGAUAUAUUAAAAAAAACAGAUAUCUGUCCACACAAGGGCAUGUUUUAUGCACUAAAACAAUGAAAGGUAUUGUCUCUUUGUAUUUCUUUUCUUUUUUUGCAGUUCUCUUGUCUUUUGGUCUUUUGGUCUUUUCAAAGAUAUCAGAUUUUUUUUAAUGGAAUUUCUCUUAUCUGUACUGUAAACCUGAACGGGAAUUUGCUCAGCGACUUUAUGACCUUUACUCUGACUGAACCUCUUGUCCGACAGUCCAAAUGGCAACCCCCAGCAUUUUGUUGUACUUCAGAGCUAGCGCUAUAUUUGGCUAGCAGUCCCUUUAUAGACGAUUGUUCAUAUGAAAUGAAAAUUCAAACUAUAUUUAGCUGUCAUGUAAUUCAUGUCAUUGGCACCUUUUCCUGUCAUUUCUUGUGUUUGUGUGCUAUUUUUAGCACUGUUCAACUGUGUCUAAUUGUACUGAAGAAUAUAGAAACUAAUUAACAAACAGAUUUCCUUUUUUUCUCGUUUUCUCAAUACAAAAAUGUUAGUCCUUCAAAAAUUGACUACAUCCCCUUUCACCUGUUUCAGAUUGAAUUUGGUCGUGUCGUAUUGACUGUCUUUGUCUAACUUAUUUUUUAAUUGGGCAACUAAUAAUCGUCAUGACUAUCUUUGGCAUAUUAAUGUUACCUGGAGUUGUUGUGAGAAGAGGAAUUUAAUGAAAAAUGCAACAAUGAAAGUUGCACACAAUGUAUUCAUGGUUUUUCACACUCCCAUUGUUGGACUGAUGAUGAUUUCUAAAAUUGUCCUUGUACUGUACAUAUCUGUACUAUACGAAUAUAUUACUUUUCCAUGCAUGUCCAAGUGGAAUACUAUGAACACUUACAGUGCUGCAGUUUUAAUUAAAGAAACUACAUCUUAAUGAA